AAUAAUUAAUUGAAAACAAUUUCCAAAAAAAAAAACAAACAAAAAGUUAAAAUUGUAAAUUUUGGUCAACAACUUAAUUUCAGUUGACUCCGACGUGGACAAAAAAAACAAAACGUAUGCUUUAUAUAAAAAAAAAAACAGAGACGAGUAAUUGCGUCAUUACAGAGUCUUAAAAAAGUAUCUUUUAAGACAAUCAAUCUCUCUUUCCAACUAAUCUCUCCGACCAAAAGCAAAAGCUUCCGCAGAACUUAAUAGAUUCUUCAAUGGCAGAAUCUGAGCCAAAAAUCGAAACCACCGUCACAAUGACGUCACCGGCAGCUUCCUCCGUCGCCACCACAAGCGUCCACGUAAGCGCACUCGACGGACUCGUCAACGUGAACUCCCUCUUCACCAUCGCCGUCUUCGUAGGCCUCUCCUUAGCCACCCCGGGACAGCGCAGCCUCGAGCAGCGGUCAAACUGCGACGCGAGCGAUGACGUGGCGAAGAAGCUGCUUGUCUUCGAAGUCGUCUCCUUCAGCUUCUUCCUCUUCUCCUCUCUCGUAGCUCAGGGUCUCAAGCUCGCGUUGAACCUCCUCAACAGCAAAGACGUGGACGAGAUUUUCAGGGCGCAUAUCAAUAUCAAGGUGCUGAGAUGGGGGAUGAUGGCGUCUGCGGUUGGAUCUGUGAUGGGUUGUUUGUUUUUGAUGCUGUCUAUGGUUAAUGUGAUUCAGAUCCGUUUGGGGUUGCUUUCUUGCGGUAGUCAAUCUGCGGUUCAGGCGGUUGUGACGCUUGUGACGCUUGUUUCCUCUGCUCUCUUGGUUUAUAUAUCUACUGCGUUUUACGCUUUUUGGCAUUGAAACUUGAUUCGAAUCAGUUUUUCUCUAUAUCUCUUUGUUUGUUUAGGAGGGAUCUGUUUAUUUUAAGGUUACUAUUUAUUAUUACCAGAAGUCAUUAGCUCAACUA